AUCGGCUCUAAGAGGUGGUGCCAGUUUCUGUGGCGUUUCUCGUGCUCUUCUUGACAAACCAACCGAGUUUCCAAACAACACACUUGUGAGAUGAGGUGAGCAACAUCUACAACCAAUAUUCAGACCUUUCUUUUACAUCAUGCUGAUACAGAUCAAGAUAUUUAUGCUUGGGAACUGAAUACGCACAUUUCGGUUGUUAUAGCAGUAUUUGGUGACAUACAGUCCCUGUGCUCUCUCGCAUCUCUGUAAACAAAUGUGCGUUUUUGCACAUGUCAAAGCAGGUUUGAUGCACACUGGAUCAAUGCAGAAGUAUAAGAGCCGGCGGAGCUUGUUAACUUGUUGCGCGGUGAUGCAAGUGUCCUCUUGCGCAAGAAAAUGAUUCAUGAGCUCGUUACUCGUUCUUUUAUAUCUGUACAUUCAAGGCGUUUGAUCGGCGGCUUUAGAAUGGACGACAAAGACUCGUCUAACGGAACGAUAUUUAUUCUCAACGUGACAAACGGUAUGCGCUUUUAGGUUCAGUUGGACCACCGGAGCUAUCCAAGAACGCGUGAGAAGAGUUAGAGGUGGAUGUUCUUGGGUCCUACGUGCAUCCAAUUCGUACACUUUUAUUAGAGUAAAAUUAGCUUGACCUCGUAAUCAACUAACCCUGAAGAUGUCGGAUUCUUACGAAGACGGGGUGUGCGGCGAUGGAGCUCCGGACUUCAUCCCACCGAGAGCGCUUCGAUCAGGCAGGCGGAGUGGAGUCAUGCCGCUGGUGGAGCGCGAUGAGUCGGCUAUCCUGGAGUCGGUGAAAGCAGCACCGAGGCGGAGCAGCAUCAUUAAGGACCCUUCGGUGGCUAAGAUCAGCGGCAGUCGGAAAAAAACUGUCUCCUUCAGCAGUAUGCCAUCAGAAAAGAAGGUGAGCAGCGCCGCCGAUUGCCUUGCCUUCAUGCAGGGCGGCUGCGAGCUGAAGAAGGUACGGCCCAACUCGCGCAUCUACUCGCGAUUCUACACCCUGGACCCUGAACAGGCCUGCCUUCGCUGGGAGCCCUCAAAGAAAGACAGUGAUCGAGCCAGACUUGACAUCUCUGCCAUCCGCGAGGUCCGCACCGGAAAGAGCACAGAGACCUUCCUCCAUAAUGGCCCAUUGGAUCAUCUGGCCGAGGAAGCAGCCUUCUCCAUCAUUCAUGGUGAAGAGUAUCAGUCCUUGGACCUGGUUGCUCUCUCUGCAGACGUAGCCAACAUCUGGGUAACCGGGUUGCGAUACCUGUUGUCCCACCCUGGUUCCAUUGGUGGGGGGAGUGGAGGUGAGGGAGGGGUGGGUGAGGGUAGUGUUGGGAGCAAGAUGCGUCAAAACUGGUUGGCGGUGGAGUUCGCAUUGGUUGAUGAAAAUGGACAUGGAAUUGUGUCUGAGGACACAGCAGUAGCCACCAUCUGCAAACUCUGCCCUGGAAUUAAGGAAGCAAAGGUGCGUUUGCGCUUUAAGGAGAUUCAGAGAAGCAAAGAGAAACUAACAUCUCACGUUACGCUGGAGGAGUUCCAGGAGGCCUUCUGCGAGUUGUGCACACGUCCUGAUGUCUAUUUCCUACUAGUACAACUCUCUAAAGACCGAGAGUGCCUUGACGCUCAGGACCUGCGUCUUUUCUUGGAAACGGAGCAGGGUCUGUCAUUGGCCACCACUGAGGGUUGCUUGGAUCUGCUUCGGCGGUUUGAGCCUUCCGCUGCUGGACGUGAGCGAGGUCUUCUGGGCUUGGAUGGUUUCACUCGUUACUUACAGUCAGCUGAGUGUCAGUUGUUAGACCCUGAGCACCAACAAGUGUGUCAGGACAUGAAGAUGCCCCUAUCGCAUUACUACAUCAGUUCCUCCUACCGCUCUUACCUGCUGGACGAUCAAGUGCACGGCCGGGCUGAUCUUGGUGGGCUAAUUCGAGCCUUGCAAACUGGCUGUCGGUGUCUGGAACUCGGGGUUACCGAUGGGCCAGAAGGUGAGCCGCACUUGGGAGUAGACCAUGGUCCUGAUGGAAAACAUCACCACCAUCAUCACCAUCAUCACCAUCAUGGUUCUGUUACCUUGCGAAGUGCACUGGAAGUAGUGAACAAGUAUGCUUUCCUCACCUCCCAGUAUCCUCUGCUGCUGUAUUUGUGCCAGCGUUGCUCACCUUCUCAACAGCGUACUAUUGCACAACACUUUAAGAAGGUAUUUGGACAGAAACUUUAUACCCCUGAAUCUUUCCCUGUCAGUCUUGGAGGUCGUGCUACCACUUUUCCAUCCCCGGAGCAGCUGAAGGGUAGGGUGCUUCUUGUUGGAAAGAAGCUACCCCCAGAGAAGGAGGAGGAGGAAGGAGAUGUGUCUGAGGAGGAUGAGGAAAUUGGUGGUGGUGGUCCUUUGGCUGGCCGAAGAAUGACUAUUCCUGGGGAGGAGGAGCUUGGGGUGGUGCUCGUGGUUCCGCCACCCCCACAGCCAAGACGCCUCAGGUUACGUCGCGAAUUGUCCGAUAUGGUUGCAAUCGCGCGUACUGGAAGUCGUACCUUUUAUGCUCACCGUGCAAGUGCUCAGACAUCUCAGCAGCACUCACCCCCAUCCACUCCCUCAACACCGGGCACACCAUUGACCCUUGAUCCCCCCUACUGGACCAUGUGCUCUCUUGGGGAAGGGGAGGCCGGCCGGCUGGCUAGCGAGAGCCCAGAAGAGUUGGUGAGCUUUACCAAACGCAACCUGACCCGUGUGAGGCCCAGCUCAGUAAGGCUAGACUCGAGCAACCCAAACCCACAAGGCUACUGGAAAGGAGGUGUGCAGCUAGUGGCACUAAACCAGCAGACACCAGGUGCCAUGCUGGACCUGACACGCGGUCGUUUUAUGCAAAAUGGAAGUUGUGGGUAUGUCUUGCGUCCGGCAGUCAUGCGGGAGGAGGUUUCCUACUUCAGUGCCCAGUCGCAAGGCUGUGUACCUGGUGUACCUCCACAGACACUCAGGGUAAAAGUCAUCAGUGCCCAUAGCCUUCCCAAACCACAGGGAUCGGGUGCCAAAGGUGAGGUCAUCGACCCUUAUGUGGUGCUGGAGCUGCAUGGUGUACCUGCAGACUGCGCUGAACAGAGAACCCGCACCGCUGCACAGAACCAAGAUGACCCGCUGUUUGAUGAGACAUUUGAAUUUCAGGUAAACAUGCCUGAGCUAGCCCUGCUACGUUUUGUAGUUCUGGAUGACGACUACAUAGGUGAUGACUUCAUUGGCCAGUACACCAUUGCCUUCGAUUGCCUGCAGCCUGGCUACCGCAACGUGCCCCUUUUAGGCCUUGCUGGAGACCCUUUACCCCACGCCAGCCUGUUUGUACAUGUGGCUAUCACUAACCGCAGAGGUGGGGGUAAGGCUCAGAGACGGGGUCUGUCUGUCAGGAGAGGGGUACGGCGUGGACGAGAGUAUGUCACACUCCGUAACACUGGAAUCAAAGUUCUGGAUGAUGCUUUCCGCCCCGCUGGCGGACCUCUACGAGAGGCUACGGACCUGCGAGAAGAUGCACUGUGUGCCACUGUGGCUUUUAAAGAGCAGUGUGGGCUCCCCCCGGUGGCCACAAUAAAGCAGUGCAUCCAGAGCUUAGCCACAAGGCUGCAGAGUCCAGACGGACCCCCAGGAGCCACACUCGCACUGAAGGAGGGUUACCCAUACCUGGAACCCCUCGGAAACUUGACAGACGCCACACGUAAACUGCUAAAUGGUUAUGACACGAUGAUCUCUGCCAACAAGCAGCUGAUUGAAAACGCAGACGGAGUGCAGGAGAGAAUCGCACAAGUGCAAAAGGAAGGCAUGGUGUUUCAUGAAGACCUGCCCAGGUUAGGGGAGAAGGAAAAUCUAAAAGGUCGUAAACAGAGUAAAGCUGUGGAAAGCUUCAUUUGGAACAUCACGGUGCUGAAGGGGCAGUGUGAUCUCCUGCGCAGUGCUAAGAUAGAUGCUUUGGACACUUUGAGGCAGCUGGCGUUAGCCUGUGAGGCGUGUGGCCUGACAUUGACCUCUGAUGGUCAGUACACCUCCCAUGGCUUGUCCACCAGACGUGGCAGUAGCCAUGGCAACGGUCGCAUCUGAGCCACAGAGACAUGCUGAGGGAUUCCAAGAGUAUUUAUUCAUGGAGGAAUGAGUACAUGAAUGUCUAAAUGGAUGGAUUGUUGGGCCGACAGAUGACCAGAUGUGUACGUGUCUCAGAUGGACAGACAGUAGUAAAGGACAUCUGUCCUUUGUUUAUUGCAGUGCUUGUUUUUCGAGCACAGCGAUGGCCAGUAGGUGUCAGUUGAGGACAAAAUCAAGGAAUGUUCUUAUCAAGACAAACUAAAUGAAGGACACCAGAGGAAUUAAAGCAAAUUCCUUUGUGGUUUAUAAAAAAUGACAAGGGGCAUGCAAAAUAACAAAGAUUUUUAAUGGAAUGAUUAACAUUGCUAUAACAUUUCAGAAGACUGGACUUUGUUAGUUAACUCCUUGCCAUUUGCUGGGUAGAGAGAAACAUUCUUUCAAAAUGAAAAUGGUUUAAAUGAUCCAUAAUUUUAAAGAAAUUUCUUAAUAUAAACAAUAGUGUUGACUGCAGAACAGAGUUGAUAACCACACCACCAAAGUGUGAGAUUUUUUUCCCCUCAGGUUAGCAUGAACACAUUUCCAAUACUCCACUUUCAAGUGUUCCACUAAGAGAGUGAUGUCACUCUGCCUCGCCUUCGGGCUUCAUCUCCCCUAUGCCAUCACUCCGAUUGACAGCCCCCCAAGCCCUAUCCAGUGUGUACGAGACGUAUCCAGUGCCUCUAUGUCUUAGGAAACCAAAUCUUCAUCUUCCAUCUUCAGCUACCUGCAGGGACGUGACAGUAUUCGUAUUCAGCUCAUUAAGAAUGCAGAAGGAACACAAGUAGGCUUUGUUAAAACACAGCUCAGCGCUCCAUCACAGUGUUAACUGAGCCUGUUCUCACGUCCUCUAUGGGAUAACCAGCUUUGGUUACACCACAUAUCUUUGUCAUCCGUGCGGAAGACUGUGCCAUGUAUCCCAUCAAGCAAGCAUUCCUGGGAUUGUUUGGGGAACAAAUGUGACACACGCAAUUUGAUUUACAUUAUGGGUCAAGAGGUCAACAUCAUUUUCAAUACAGAUUCCUUGGCUUGUAUGGCUUCUGAAUUAUGGGAAAUUGAAUCCACUGGAAUGGUCUUCGCUAUAUUGUGAGAACAUUGCCAAAAAUGGUACUUAACAUGACAAGAAUGCCUGUUCUUUGAUCAAACAAUAACUGAUUCAAAAACUUAAGAGGAUCAAAUUUUAAUUAAUGUCUUAUAUUGCAUUAUGUAACACUUGACAGUUUUGUGAUAGACAGUGGCAGUAUUGUCUCUACUGCUGCCACACUUACAAUAGACUAGUUUUUAUUAUUCUUGAUGUUUGCAACUUUUCUUUCCAUAAGAGUAACAGAAUAGACUUGUGAGAUAUAAUAUAAAAUAUAUAUUUUUGUCCUAUGAUAGACAUAGAAGUGUGCAUAGUAGUACAGUGUAUGAACGUGAGGGUGCUAAUGUAAAUGCUUUUAAGACAUGGUACAUGUUCUGAAUGUGACCAAUCUCUCAGUCGCCCGAGCUGUUCAUGUGGUCGUGUUUAAAUGGAAUAACCCUACUAUUGAUUGAUGUCAAACUCUUGUUGAGAGAGUGAAAUGUUUCAUUUUGAUGUGAAUACCAAAUGAUCAUAUAUGUUGUGAAUUAAAGAUUCACAACAGUUCAUAUAUUAUAUGUGUAAAAUUGAAUGAAAAAGACGAGGCAUAACAUUUUCACUUUCUGUUGUCUUGUGUCGUCUCCACAACCUUUUACACACUGUUUUUAAUCUAUUUUUAAACCUUUUUAUGUGAUUUUACAUUAACUGUUCAUUUGUCCGUCUUUAUCUUGUCAUUUCUUUAUCACAGAGGAUCAGAGCUGUUCCAGAGAGGGGCCAUAUGUUGUAUGCUCUCUCUUCCUAAAAUUUGUCCCACUUUUUUUGCCUAGGGGUUGUCCUGCGACUAUGAAGGUGUCUGAACUGAAUGUGUGCUGACUCCAUAAGUGUUCCUUAAAUAACAAAACAUUUGCUGAAGAGGAAAACACCCACAAACUUUAGACGAUAUAGCUUUAAACUAAAAACUAAGUUUCCAUUGCAAACCUAGCAAGCACAAACAUCCCCUUUAAAAUAAUAAAAUGUAUGCAAGUGUGUGCAAGACAUGCAACCGUUACACCAACCCUUGGACCAGCACCCAGAGGAUCUGUGUACCUGAAAACGGGCCAAAAACGGGUUUUGAUGGCUCUUGAGACUAAUCAUAGAGGUGAAAUGAGUUUCAGUUUAGACAGGUACAAUUAUUCUUAAAAGCAAGUUCAGUGUGUCAUAUCCUCAAGGGUCAAUGACAAACAAAACAAACCCCAGUGAGCUGCACUUUAAACUAAACAGAGCAAUCUAAUUGAACCAGUCCAUUGAUUCCUGCAGUAUUAGGUAGUAGUCUUACAUGGUGCAAUAUUACUCUGACGUUUGACAUUAAACAUAAUGACUAGUCUAAUGAGAAGCAUUAAUCCAGCUGUCUUAAUUUGCUGUUCUGCUUUUUAUUUGUGUGGUUACUAUCCUCUGUGUUUGUUGUUUUUCUAACUUUAAAAAUAAUGUUUUUUUGCAUACUUGUUAGCAAUUGUUGUUCUUGUAUAAACAGAGUAUUUAUUAAAAGUGACAAGUGUGCGCUGAACAGAGCAAAUUUCAAAGCAACAUUGCUUUUAUUUCAAAAUGUUGAUUGGUAUUUUAUAACAUUAUCAAGUUGAUGUAACACAGAUGUGCCCCAGACUAAAUAAAGCUAUCUUUUACUG